UCCACGAUAGCCCGACACGUCAACACCUCUGAAGAGUUAGAGGGUAAAUCGGGAAAUUUAAAAUUUGGAGUCUCGACCCUCUCCGGUUCUUCAAACCCUAACCAAACCGCACCACACCAUUCAAUUUCUGGCGGAGGGAACGUCAUCGUCUCGUAACGCAUAGCACCACAUUGUCACCCCCUCAAACACUAAUUUUUCUCAUCCCUUUCUUCGUUCCCAAUUCUCCAAGGCUAUUAAUUCAUGCCGCCCAAGCAGCAAUCCAAAGCUGAUUUAGCGAAGAAGCAGAAGAUCGUAGAGGACAAAACCUUCGGUCUCAAGAACAAAAACAAGAGCAAAAAUGUUCAGAAAUAUGUUCAGAACCUCAAGCAAUCCGUGCAGCCCAAGCCCGAUGCUUCCAAAGUCGCUGCCAAGAAAAAGAAGGAGGAAGAGAAGGCCAAGGACAAGGAGUUAAAUGAUUUGUUCAAAAUUGCUGUUAGUCAGCCUAAAGUGCCAGUUGGUGUUGAUCCAAAGUCCAUAUUGUGUGAGUUUUUUAAAGUGGGGCAGUGUGCUAAGGGUUUCAAGUGCAAGUUCUCCCAUGAUUUGAAUGUUCAGAGGAAAGGGGAAAAGAUUGACAUUUAUAGUGAUACACGUGACCAGGAAACGAUGGAGGAUUGGGAUCAAGAGACCUUGGAGAAGGUGGUGGAGUCGAAGAAAACAGAGUAUAAUCAGAACAAACCAACUGACAUAGUCUGUAAAUACUUUUUGGAAGCAGUGGAGAAGAAGCAAUAUGGUUGGUUCUGGGUCUGCCCCAACGGGGGUAAGAGUUGCCACUAUAGACAUGCUCUCCCCCCCGGAUAUGUUUUAAAAUCUCAAAUGAAGGCUCUAUUAGAGGAGGAAACUGAAAAAAUAACAAUAGAGGAGGAGAUUGAAAAUCAGCGUGCCAAAGUGGCAACUACAACUCCUAUGACUCCUGAGUUAUUCAUGGAAUGGAAGAAGAAGAAGAUAGAAGAGAGAGAUGCCAAUUUGGCUGCAGAACAGGCGGAGAGGGCUAAGAAUGAUCGCAUGAGUGGUCGUGAGCUAUUUUUGUCAGAUGCUAGCUUGUUUGUGGAUGAUGCUGAAGCAUAUGACAAGUACCAAAGAGAACCAGAAUCUUAUGUCACUGAACAGAAUGCAAAUGGGAAUGCUGGUGAUGAGGGUCCUAGUACCUCAACAGCUAGUGCUUAUGCUGAAGAUCCUGAUGAUGUUGAUGUCAACGAAGACGAUGAUGAUGAUGAACUGGACAUGGAUGAGUUGAAUGAAUUGGAAGCAAGCUUAUCUAAAACAUCAAUUCAAAUAAAGGAGUAAGGAGCUGGAACUUAUUUCUGUGAAUCAGUUAUAACCUCCAUGUGAUAUUUUUCUGUGCCUGAUGCACACAUAGAGCACGUGCCUGUCGCCAUUAGCACUUCUUUCUUUUAAGAAAAUUUUUGAAUGAAGCCUUUGAUGAUAAUGAAGUUAUUGUUCUCAACUUUGCAUUUGGUUAGAAUAAUUGCCAGUGUGAGAUAAUUUACUGCACACAUUUUUGUUGUUUGAACAUUAGGUUGUCUUGGGUAGUUUGUACCUAGUUUUGUUGAUGAGUAUGUCUAUUUCAGUAAUCAACGAUGGGGAUCUUCUGUAUUGCUUUAUGGUUUGUUCUCCUUAUUAACACUGAAGCGUAAAAUGGCACUGUGGCUUCUUUUGGAUGUU